CCACGUCAGAGAUGAAUUUGUGUAUCUAACCGCACUGUGUAUCUAACCUCGUUUAUAACUGCAGCUGCUGGAGAAGUAAUAUUUGCACAUUUAAGAAAUAUGCUCGGUGUUGUUUUGUUCAUUUUGACACUGUAUCCAGCUCUGAUUAGUGGCACUGAACUGACUUUUAAACUACCUGAUAGCGAGAAGCAAUGUUUUUACCAGGAAUUAGAGGAGGGGGUCACGUUUCAUGUCGAUUAUCAAGUUAUUGCUGGUGGAAACUAUGAUAUUGACUGUUUUGUGAAAGACCCAUUGAAUAAUGCCUUGUAUGAAGAACGGAGGAAGCAAUAUGACAGCUUCACACAUACUACAGCUAUGAAGGGUGUUUACGCAGUCUGCUUCAGCAAUGAGUUUUCUACCUUCUCUCAUAAAACUGUGUAUCUAGACUUCCGAUCAGGCGAAGAACAACAAUUGCUGCCUGGUGUGAAAAAUCCAACAGCGCUUACACAGAUUGAGUCAACCUGCUUGUCCAUCCAUGAGAUUCUGAAAGUGGUGGCAGACACUCAGACGAAGUACCGUCUUCGAGAAGCUCAGGACCGCAUUAGAGCGGAUGACCUAAACGCACGUGUUUUUUACUGGUCCAUUGGAGAGUCUCUCAUUAUAUGUGUGGUCAGCAUUGGACAGGUUCUUAUGCUUAGGAGCUUCUUCAAGGAGAAGACUACUACCAAAACAUAGUCCUCUUAUGACCACUCUCCAAAAAUCCAGCCUUAAUAUAACCUGUUGAUAUGAUCUGCAAUAAAAAGCACGUAAUGUAUUUCCAGUAGAAUAUAAAAGGAAAAAUUGAGUACUGGUGUUUACAUUUAAGAAAAAGAAAGCAGAAAUCUGUAUAGAUUUUAUUGGUUAUAGUAAUUCAAAUUUUGUGGGCCUUUUAUAUAGACAUAUUGUAUGGAAUUUUAUAAAAGAUUUAAUUUUGCACCUUUAUUGUAAAUGUUCAUAAGGUCAAAUUGCACUUCAAAAAAUAACAUCCUAUCAAGUGGAUAUAAAUUAAAUGUAGCCAGGUUUAACUAGUAUUUCCUAUGAUAAGAUUAAAAUUAACAAAACACAAGACUAUUAAGGCUAUUUCUAUCCAUUUUGUCUGAUUUGAGCUGUUUUGUUGGAAGCUAAUGUUUCUAAUGUCAUCAUUAAACAUAAGAGAAUAAAAACAAUUAAAGCUUGAAAAAAAUCCAAGAAAUAGAAAAGGAAAUACUAGAUAAAUGUGACUGCAUUUUCACUUGGUAAAAUGACAUCUUUGCAGUGCGUUUAUUAGGUCUAGGUGGGAGUUGAAUUUUUUUCUACAAUUUUCUUGCACUCAUUUUGUGUCAAUUAGUAGAAAGUUGUAUUUUUAUUCCAGUCAUUCCUUUAAAAGCUAGAUACUUUGAAUGAACUAUUUUUCCAAAUGAUUGAAUAGAAACCAAAGAAUCCAUUUCAGUCAUUUACAAAGAUUUAUAAAUUUCCCUGUUCAUCACUUUUGGCAAGAUGAUAGACUCUUAUACAAGUGCAAUUAAAGUGUCAGCUCUCAGGAUAUGUCUUGAAACUGUUUGUAUAAAAUGUCUAUUGAAUAUAGCAGCUUCUGUAUUUUUUUCAUAACCCAGAAGUGAAUGAUGGACUGCAAAUUUGAUUAAUUGCUGGCCCAUAUAAUGUCACUAAACAUGAAUUAUACAUGCGGUUAUAAUGUUGUCUGUAACUGUAGUUAUUGUCUGUACUGUUACAGUAGGAUUACAGGAGCACCGUGUAUGCAAACGAGUAAACAACACAAGACAAACUGUGCUGUUAUGCAAAUAUAAUACAUUCCGGUGUAUGAUACUGUUACAACUCAGAUUCUGAUGUUCUACUUUAUUAUCUGUAUAAUUUGCAUGUAUUAGGGACACAUAAAAUGGGAAUAAAAAAGAUUUCUGUUGAUAUCA